ACCGAUAUUUAUAAUCGAUACUAUCGAUAUUUAAAAUGUUUGUUGAAUAAUCUUACACAGUUUAAAUAAUAGGUAUAAAUAUAAGGUUGUGAAGAACAGACUAAAUAAUUUAGUUUGUGUGACUUUUUUGAUAAGUUUUAGGACAAUUGAUCUGAAUUCAAGCUCUCUAUCCCUACCUUUUUUAACCUUUAUCAUAUUUUGCCUUCACAAUCAUGGAUCAACAAAAUCAACAAAAUCUUCAGACUAAAGAUGUCAAAUUGAAAAAAAAGCAUAGAGGUGGUUUAUCGAGGAUCCGCAGACAACCUGUGACUAUUGUUCGAUCCCAGAAUACUGGUACAACGAGACAUGAUCUUGGACGUGUCUCAUCUCAAAAGCCACAACAACUCUUUUGGCAAAAGCGAUUGGAAGGAUUGAAAGCGACAACUUUGCGUUCUGAUUCUGUUGAAAAUGCGGAUUUGCCUAAAAAUAUUAAACCAGCGGGACCUUAUAUUGGAAAUGAUACAGCCUUUAGAAGUGUUAUCAAUGCUAUACACCUUCACCAGGGUCCAAUUAUUGGACAAACAGCUGGAAAAAACGUCUUAGACAAGAACCCGGGUGUCUUUUUGGAUCCUAAACAACCCUUAGUUGGAACUAUAAUAAUAUCUAAUGACGAUAUUCGUAAACAAGAAGAAAAAGUAAACUUACUGAGACGUAAAUUGGCCUUAGCGCUGCAGGAUUAUGAAAAAAGAUAAAUAAUUGUAAUACAUUUGAUAUGGCAAAACGAAUCAACUUUCUUUUACCUAAUUUUUUUGAAUAUUCAAAUAAAAGUGAUUUGUAACGGCUUAAA